UAGAGAAGGGAAUUAAGCUUGCUAAAGAAAGUCAAGCCAGCCUUCAACCACAAUAUUCGUUCCCAUACGCGAGUUUAGACACAAGAAUCUCUCCCUGCAACGGAGACGUUGGCUAGAGAUCUUUCAAUUCUAUGGGUUCAUCUUUCCAACAAUAUUAUUGGAUGAACUUCCUCCUCUUAUUAGUUUUCAUACUCAUCCCUCAUGCCUCAUGCUGCUUCAGUUCAAUUUUCAGCUUUGGCGAUUCACUAGCUGAUACCGGAAACUUAAAGAUCAGCUCUCCUAACGAGACUAUCCACUUCUUCUUCCCUCCAUAUGGUAUGACCUACUUUCAUCUCCCCACCGGACGCUGCUCCGAUGGUCGCUUAGUCAUAGACUUCAUCGCUGAAUAUCUCGGACUUCCGCUUGUUCGACCUUAUCUCGAAAGCCAAAAAAGUAUCCAAAACUUUGAAGGGGGAGUGAAUUUCGCCGUGGCAGGAGCCACGGCCCUUGACGCCACCUUUCUUGAAGAAAUGGGAGACUCUAAUCCACGUACCAACAACUCUCUGGGAAUUCAAAUGGACUGGUUUAAAGAAAUUCUUCCAUAUUUUUGCAACAUAUCUUCAAAUUGCAGUGAAUUCCUUUCGGGCUCUCUAAUUCUCAUGGGAGAGAUUGGAGGCAAUGAUUACAACGAUGCCUUGCUUGGCGGGAAAAGUAUAGAACAGGUUCAAGAAUAUGUGCCAUUGGUGAUAGAAGAAAUUGGUUUAUCCAUCAAUGAGUUAAUCGAGCUUGGGGCCGCGACGCUUUUGGUACCUGGAAACGUUCCAAUUGGUUGCCUUCCCAUCUAUCUCACAAACUAUGAGGGUUCAGAUAAGAGUGACUACGACCCUUCAACUGGUUGUUUAAAUUGGUUAAACAAGUUUGUUGAGUAUUACAAUGAGCAGCUUCAAACAGAACUAAACCGCAUUCGUAGCCUUCAUCCUCACGUCAACAUCAUUUAUGCAGAUUAUUACAAUGCUAUGAUGUACUUAUAUCAUUCUCCAGAACAAUUUGGAUUUAUCGGGGGAACUCCAAAAGCGUGCUGCGGAGGAGGAGGGACAUACAAUUACAAUUCAUCAGCACAAUGUGGUAUGCGACAGGCAAGUGCUUGUCAAAAUCCUGAAGAGUUUAUCAGCUGGGACGGUAUCCACUUUACUGAAGCAGCGUACAAGUGGAUAACAAAUGCUUUGUUGAAAGGAAAUUACACCGAUCCUUGUAUUAGUUCCUUGUGUGUUUCCACAUUGUGAUAUGUAUUGUGUACUUCUCCACCUGUGCUUAUAAUUGUUAGUUUGGUUUUGUUGGUGACACGUUACAUUGUCUACACAUGUGAUCUAAUUAGAUAGUCUUUCUAACAUUUUUUUUUUGAUAAAUGUGAUGAGUUGUUCUUAUCGAAA